AUGACAAUAAUAACUCUUUCCGAUGCUCAUUUGAUAAUUCAGAAAGUUUCUUCGUUUUUUGCCGUAUCAAACAACCUCUUCAUGGUUUAUAUGAUUCAUAAAAAAUCACCAAAAUCUCUAGGACCAUAUAAACAUUUGUUGAUGUGCACAUCAAUUUUUGAAAUCGUCUAUGCUCUUUUAGAAGUCAUUAUUUCACCAGUAUGUUUUUUUUUUCAUAAAUCUAGAGAUUUUCUAUUUUGAAAAAUUAUUUUCAGGAAUUUUAUUCAUAUGGUAGUAUAAUUGUGUGUUUUAUUGAGUUGAAAACAUCUAUGCUUGGGCCUUUUGAACUCAAUAUUUUAAAUUCAAUGUAUUGCGGGUUUUUCGGAGUUUCAUUGUAUUUUUUUGCAUUGCAAUUUAUUUUCCGGUUUUUGGUUUCAAAGAAGUAAUUUUAAAGAAGUAAUUUUAAUAGGUUAAGAAUGAACCUUUUGUAGGUCAAAACUUUUGAAAUCAUUUGACGGUUACAAAAUUCUUAUAUGGCUUUGUUAUCCAUUGACAGCUGGAAUUAUGUGGGGUGUUUCUGCAUAUUUUUUGGGUAGACCAACUGAUGUGAAAUCUCAAUUUCUCGCUGAACCGCUUUUCUCAGAUUUGGGAUUGAAUGUGAAUAAUACAGUUUACCUUGGAGCUCAUUUCUACCCAAAAAACAGUGAUGGUCAAAGUUAUAUCGAUUGGGAAUCGUUUAUUGUUAUUAGCAUUAUGAUUUCACUUAUGGUAGGUUGAACUUAUGAAGUGAUUUCAUGAAAGUUCAAAAAUUUACUCGAAAUCUCCCAGAGAAUUAUAAUGAUUUUCCAGACUGUUGCUCUUCUAAUCAUCACCAUUUUUGGAAUUUUGUGUUACAUAAAUCUUCAAAGAAGUACAAAAAUCUCCAAGAUUUCCAAAACUCAUCAAGGUAUUCAAAAACAAUUAUUUUAUGCUUUAGUAGCUCAAACAGCAAUUCCUCUAGUUUUUCUGAUUUUACCAGUCUCAACAAUAUAUUUGUGUACUAUUUUUAACAGUGGUUUGGGAAUAUAUAGUGCUAUUUGUACAAUUAUGGUUGCGUUUUAUUUGGCUGUUGAUCCAUUACCAAAUCUGUUUAUAAUCAAAAAUUAUCGUCGUGCAUUUUUCAGUGAGUUUUCUCAACAAAUAUUUAUUUGAAAUCCAUUUGAACUGAAAUAUACAUACGCUAGAGUUCACAUAAUUGAAAACACAAUUUUUCAGAUAUGACACAAGAACUAUGUCGAUGUUCAAAAGCAAAACAAAGACCUCAGAUAACACGGAAAUUUUGA